CAAGACACUAGAGCUUUACCUUACGGCUUUUGAUUGCCUUUUCCUUUCUAGAGACGAUGCUAGGUCGUUGGUUGUUUAUUUUCUUCAUGAUUAUCUGGUUGCGCACUUUAAAUACAUUGAUUUUUAUUUUCCAUUUCUAGCAUGGUUAGGACAAGCUUUAGGCUUCUCGAUAGGCUACCCGGUACGUUAUUUUGCAAAUAUUCAAGUGUAGGUACCGAAAGGGCACUAGUUAGAUCGUUAGUGUAAUCAAGUCCUCGAUCCUUUAGAAUCUCUGAUUUUCGCGCAUAUCGAGACGACACUCUCGCGUCUCGGUUAGGGUUUCUAGCCAACCUUUGAUUAUUGCUAGUGACGACUCCAAUCGAAUGCAUAAAUUAGAAAAUUCUCGUCACGCGAGGUAUGAGGCUUGAGAGUACCUUGGUUUUUGGAUUAAUGAAUCAUUUGGUUUGUCCUUCAAACGAAUCAAUCGUUGUUCACGUCCAUCGACAAAUACCUCUUGGCCUAGCCCAAUCGGGACGGGUAGGUCGCGACAAAUGCAACUAUUACAAUUAAUGGAUUUGUAUCCAAUGACACAUAUAGAAACUGUAUUGUCCGACUGUUUGUACAAUUUUCAGGUUCAUUUACACUGACAUGUUGUUCAUAACAAAUAAUGGACAUGGUAAUAUGUAAAAAUAUCUGACUUUAUUAUUGCGAUUCGCCAAACAGCAGAUAGGAUAUAGCAAAUUCCUUGGAUUUCAUAUCCUAUCAUAUCUAAUUCUAUCUUAGCUAUAAAUCCAAGCGACCAAACGCAGCCUAACAGUCCUACAAAUCUUGGUUUCACCGCAAUGUUCUCACCUUCGAACUUGCGGAAUUUCAAGUGUAAAUAGGGCCGUCAAGAUGGGUCAUUAGCCCAUAUUUUAACCCACAUUUAUUGAAGUGAGUUAUAUAAAUGGACCAUCUUAAAUUUGAAAUGUAAGAUCAUAAUGAGUCCGAAAUCUUAAAUUUGAAAUGUAAUAUCAUAAUGAGUCCUAAAGGGAAAGACCCAUAAUAAAUGGGUUUCAAUGGAUAUGUUUUAAACCUAGUUUCAACCCAUGUAAAAAUAAAUUGUUUCAAGUUCAGCCCAUUUUCAUUGUUUCUUCUUCGGUAGUCUCUCUCUGCCUUCAAAUUCACCCGUCCGACUCGCGCCCUCACCGCCUAUCUUCGGCUUGCCCGCCGCCCAUCUCCGGUGGACCUUCGAUCUAUCUCCGGCGUCGUUGGCCUCCCUGCUUUACACGAAGAUGUUGCAACAAACUGUCAAGAAAUCGGUAUCGGAACAAGAUUGUACCCAUUUGCUCUUUAGCGGCCCCCUUGACUCUGGCAAGAAAACCCUAAUCAUGGCACUUCUCAGGCAGCUAUCUGCGUCCAGCUCUGAAAAGGGUUUGAUAGCCUCAUACUUAAGCUGCAUUGGAUUGAAGUGGCCUCCUACUUCAGCUAGGAUUGGAAACGUGACUAAGAUUUGGAGAUCAAGAAAUUCUAUGCUGCAUACUCGGUGUGCUCCUUCAUUGAUGGUGUUAUCCAAAUUAUUGAAUUUACUAUUAAGCAUUGCUUCGAGGGACGCCAAAAGCAAGAUGGCUUAUGACCAAUGGCGGAAGCAAAGCUCGGUGGUUUGUCUCCUAACGGUAGGGGUGUUCCAUCUCAUAAGAGUUGGUUACAGAAGCCUCAACGCCUCCAAGGUACGCUGGUGAAGGAUAUUUCAAUGCAUAAUUCAACAUGGAGUGUACUUUGAAGAAAACUCCUUCCCUAAGAGGAAACAUCGAUCGGUACGAAGCAAAAGUAGAGAAGCGUACAUUAAUCUAUGAGAUGGUAAUUGCAGACUAAUAAGCCGCAGGCACCUUUGCCAAAGAGUCGAACGAUAGAAUUGUCCAAAAGGUAAAACAAGGACAUACUUAAUAUCAGAAGGAUCUCAGGAUUUUCAGAUGCGAAUCAACUAAAGCAAGAGUAACAAUGAUGGACAACAGAGAAGCAUUGAGUGCCCAUGCUCCAGAGUCUUGUUGCAGUUAAAAUUCUCAAGAGAGUCUAGAUCCUUCCUAGUGAAUGAGCCUUUGAAACGUGAAGAGGGACUAAAGAGAGUGGCAUAUCAUGCUGGAGCUGCAGAGUCGUGGCAUGUCGUUUUCAUGAAGGUUACGCCGAUGCACAGUAGUAGAAGUUUCAAUGUGUUUCUCCACCGUCGAAAACCUUGAACUACGUUACUUCCCUCUUGGCCUCGCAUUCGAAAGCCAGCAAGAACUGAAGUCCCACAAACCAUUGUCCUUUGUUUGUUCAGGGGCUAUUUGAAGGUCCACAUCGUCACUUUCGCAUUGAACGGACAUGGUGAAACCAUUUAACCCCUACAAAUAUGCAUCCCGUGGAACCAACAUCAUCUACCAGUCUCUCUCUCUCUCUCUCUCUUCCCCGGCACUACAUAAAUACCGCUUCAUAUCACACACUCUUCAGUCCAAGAUAGUAGCACUUCAAUCUUGUCAGAUUCGAUUCAAUUGCAUGCUUUGAGUAUUAUUCUACUAGUUUUCCCAAAACUUCUGGUCAUUGUUUCAAGAUCAUGGCCUCAACAAUCCUGAUGCACUCGAUCCCUGCAAGUCCUAGGACUGCGAUUGACAUUAGUUCCAGGAAAUCUAUUGUGAGAGGCCUUUUCCCUGCCAACCAUAGUCCUAGGUUGGCCCCCUGAGGUGGCGUACGUGUGAGGUGUAUGACUGAGG